GUUACAAACUCUCCUCCGGCUGUCAGCGCACACUUCAAGCGCGCAAACGACUGUUACCGGAGCCGUAGGAUGGGUGUACUGAAGGGGAGAUAAGGAACGAGCAGAGAUCAGCGCAAGCGAGCAUCGCGCUAUGAGCCGACCGGUCACUUCGGGCGGGGCGCAGGCGGGUACCUUUGGAGAGCGUCAGGCUGCUAUUGGCGAUCCAGCUGGCAUAGAUGCACAUGAGCCAGGGCACACUGCUGACAGCAUGCGAGUCGGUCCACCACAAGCUGGACCGCCAAGUCAUGCAGAAUCCUCGCGAGUGCCUGAUGCCAGUACGCCGAUCGCAGAGGAUAAUCAUGAGGAUAUGGGCAUGUUCAGCUUCGUGCCGCCAGGCUCUGCUGGCUCUGCCCUCAGUCCGCCCGUCACGAGCGAAUCGACUGCCCAGCGAAAGGUGACGAGGAACGCCUACACGCCUCAAUUCGCGCAUGUCUGGCAGCCGCCCGACACUCAACAAUCCCUAUCUAGCGCUGCGUUGGCGAGUCUGCAGCAGACGAGCCCGGCCGUCUCGAGCGAUGCUCGUCCAACGAGCGAUGGACACUUCCAAUAUGCCCCUCCGUCGACAGGCUACUCUAUAUCCGCUUCGAGCCCACCCACCUCGUCUCAGGGACGCGUUGGCCUCUCGCCAGCAGCUGCUAUUGCUGCCGCAUAUACCAAACGGCGGUCCCGUCCGGAGGCACUCUUCGAAAGUCCAGAAUCGCGCGUCAAAGCGAGCGCGCCCUCCUCUGCAGAUUCAGAUGGUCCGCAACGACGUCGAUCGCCUUACGCCUACCCGCAAUCACCACAAUAUCCCAUUGACAAUCCAUACGAUCACUCAUCUGAUAUCAUAGCUGCAUCCAGUCCGCCCGACACGGGCAACUAUUCAGAUUACUCGCAUGCCUAUCCGCCUGGCACAGGCGUGCACGCUCGCACUAACGGCCAAGCUGUCCGCCAGUAUUCCGACAACACCUUUGGCGGUGUGGACUCGGCUGAUAGCAAGAACGAUUCAAAGACGCGCCACGGCAGUCAGGGCGAUCUUUUCAAAUCUGACUCGCUUAACACGCAAAAUCAGAUCCCUACCGUCGAUGGUGCAUACCCAGAGGGGAUGGAGGAAGAGGAUUCACCCUACCCCGAAGUCAGAGCGAGCGUGAGCAACUAUGACGAUCCAGAGAUGCCUUGCAUCACGUUUCGCUCGAUCACACUUGGCCUCUUUUUCGUCGUCGUUUGUGGAUCGCUCAAUCUGUUCUUUCAGCUCAGAUACCCCUCGCCCUACAUCACUCCAAUCUUCGUACAGAUCUGCUCGUAUCCCUUUGGCAAGCUCUUCGCUGCAGUCUUGCCGAGCAGGUCAUUUGAGCUACCGAAAUGGCUCGUUAGGCUGUGCGCGAGAUGCGGCUACGUCACUACUAGGUGUAGCUUGAAUCCCGGCCCGUUCAACGUCAAGGAGCAUUCCGUCAUCAUCAUCAUGGCCAACGCGGCAACUGCACCAGUCUACGCGCUUUCGCUCUCGCUCGUGCUGGACAAAUACUACAAUACACCAAAAGGCAUCGGUUUCGCCUUUCUGAUAUCGCUAUCAACCCAGCUUUGUGGCUUCGCCUUUGCAGGGCUAUGCCGCAAAUUCCUCGUGAUACCGGCAAGCAUGAUAUGGCCCCCCAAUCUUGUGGUCUGCACGCUGCUGAAUACUUUUCAUGCGGAGGACGAUGAUGGCUCCGAUGGGCGCAUGACGCGCUACCGCUUCUUCUCCCUAAUCUUCGGCGGCGCCAUAAUCUAUUACUUCUUUCCGGGCUUCAUCUUUCAGGCUCUGUCCGCCUUCUCGUGGGUCUGCUGGAUCGCGCCGAAUAAUGUGAUCGUCAACCAGCUCUUCGGUGUUGGCAGUGGCCUAGGCAUGGGGCUAUUCACAUUCGACUGGAGCCAGAUAGCGUACAUCGGCUCGCCGCUCAUUGUGCCCUUCUGGGCGUCGAUGAACAUCAUCGCUGGCUUUCUGUUCUUCUUCUGGUUUCUCACACCGUUGCUGUAUUAUACCAACAAGCUCAACUUUGCCUACUUUCCGAUCUCGACUGCCUCACUCUUCGAUCGUUUCGGCGAACCGUAUAACGUCUCGGCAGUCCUGAUGCCGGGCACGGUGCAGCUAGAUGUAGCAGCAUACGAAGCUUAUUCGCCACUGUACAUGACAGCAUCGUUCACGAUGCUAUACACUGUCGCAUUUGCCAUCUCGACCGCGACGCUCGUUCACGCCCUCCUGUACCACGGGCCUGCAAUAUUGGCUCGCCUCAAGGGCAUUCGCAGCGAAGAGGAAGAUGUCCACGCGAAGCUCAUGCGCAACUAUCCAGAGGUGCCGGACUGGUGGUAUGCCAUCUAUCUCCUAAUCUUCUUCGUCGUCUCCAUCAUCACUAUAGAGGUCUAUGACACGGGCAUGCCCGUCUGGGCAUUGGUCAUAGCGUUCGCCCUGCCCGCUCUGUACAUCGUUCCUAUCGGCUUCAUCCUGGCCGUCACCGCACAGCAGAUAUCGACUAAUCUGAUCUCAGAGAUCAUUCCCGGCUAUCUGCUUGCUGGUCGACCAGUCGCCAACAUGGUCUUUAAGGUCUUCAGCGUACAGUCUCUGCUAGCGGGCAGCUCCUUUGUGCAGGACCUCAAGCUUGGUCACUAUAUGAAGGUUCCGCCUCGUGCUACGUUCAUGGUCCAAAUCAUCGCGACGGUCGCAGCCUGUCUAGUGCAGACGGGCGUUCAGCAGUGGAUGAUUGACAAUGUGCCCGAUCUCUGUUCGAGCGCACAGGACCAACGUUUCAUCUGUCCGCGCGUUGGCGUCUUCUUCAGCUCGUCGGUGGUGUGGGGCCUCAUCGGUCCAGCCAGACAGUUCAGUGUCGGCUCAUUCUACAAUGGCAUCAGCUAUGCAGCCUUGGCCGGCGUCUUCGCGCCCGUCAUACCAUGGCUGUUGAUGCGCAAGUAUCCGAAUUCGUGGUUGCGAUACGUCAGCGUACCCGUCUUCCUCACUGGCACGAGUCAGAUUCCACCUGCGACCGGUAUCAAUUACAGCUCAUGGUUCAUCUUCGCAUUCAUCUUCCAGUAUUGGAUCCGAAGGCGACGCUUCAGAUGGUGGUCGAAAUACAACUUUGUGCUCAGUGCUGCCCUCGAAGGCGGCACUAUAUUGGGCACCCUGUUUGUGUUCUUCUGUCUUCAGUAUCCGCGCAACGGCACCAUCGCCAUCAAUUGGUGGGGUAACGACGUCUUCACAAAAACAUUAGACUGGCAAGGGGUCACUUACAGGAACGCGCCGGAAAGUGGAAUCCCAAAUUCGUGACCAGAGAAGGUCAAUCAGUACUAGCAUAUGGGGUAAUGACAUGUUGUGACAUUGUAUCGCGUCGUAGAGAGAUCUCAA